GACAUCAUUCGAGUGCUUGCGUUCAACAAGUCCAGCAAACAGAGCAGCAGCUGAACCCCGGUGUUAACAACUAACAAGUUUGUCCAUUAACUUCUUUGUGGAAGCACCGAUACCUCAAAGCCCUCAUCAGCAUGUCCUUCGCUCAGUUCUUUGUCGCCUGCUGCCUGGCCAUCGUCCUCCUGGCCGUGUCCAACACACGGGCCGCAGUUCAGGGUCCACCUCUAUGCCAGUCUGGCAUCGUCGAGGAGAUGCCGCCGCACAUCCGGAAGGUGUGCCAGGCCCUGGAGAACUCCGAUCAACUGACGUCGGCGCUGAAGUCCUACAUCAACAACGAGGCAUCCGCUUUGGUGGCCAACUCUGAUGACCUGUUGAAGAACUACAACAAGCGAACGGAUGUCGAUCACGUCUUCCUGCGUUUCGGAAAACGUCGUUAAGGACAUUUUUUUGCAAGGACAUCCCGAACACCACUUGGUCCCGACAUGAGACAACGACACUGGACCCUGACCACAAGCGGCGGAAUCGUUUCUGUUCACCCAAAAAGCACAACACUAUUUUGACGUCUUCAGCAUAAUUAUGUAAACGUAAUCGAUGGAAACUCAGAACUAUACUCAAUUGGAAGCUCUCUAGUUCAUUAAAUAUCCAAUGUCCAAUGUUUCUAUGCAACAAAAAAAAAAUCGAAUACAUAUUUGUAAAUACUCAAAGACCCUCGAAAUGUUCUGAAAGUUAAACCCUUGGUUUUGAUUUAAUUCGUACUCUUUAUUUGCUGAGUGUUAUAAAGAACUAAUAAUACGUAUUUCAACGAUGUUUAAAUAUCUCACACAUAUUUCCCUAGCAUGAAGCACUAUUAUUAAAUAACCAACAAAUGUUUUCAAAUCCAAACACUAUUUUCCGUUGUAUACUUUAAUAAAGACAAACUUUUCCUCUCAAUUUGUGAAUGCAUAGCAAAAUGCAAUUGAAAUGGUUUACAUUUAAUAGGAAAGUUGGGCUACUCUUUGAACAACAUUCAACAACAAUGAUUUUGGCGAGUUAGAUUGUGAACUUCAUACAUAAUUAACUUUUUUGCUC